GCCCGGGCCAUACCUGCUCUAACGGCAGUGCACCCCGGGUGUCUCCGGUUUUCCUGCUUCCUGCACCGGCGAACAGCGCCCAGGGCGACUGACUCUGGUGGGGACACGGGGACCUUCGUCCUGGGCCCAGGGCUGAGGCUGCUUGGAAAGCUCUUGGCCACACCACCUUGCGGCCAAAAGGACGCAGAGUCUCCUCCGGGGAGGGGCCGGCGCCAUUCUCUGCCGCAGAGGCCAGUCCCCCAGCCAGGGCGCCCAGAGGCGGCACCAAGGGCAAGGAUGCCCAUGCAGAGCAUCCCCUGCCUGACGCCUGUGGCCCUGCGCCUGCCACCUGGGGUGCCAGAGCCGCCGAGCUGCCAGCGGCGCCACACGCUCCCGGCCAGCGAGUUUCGCUGCCUCACCCCUCAGGAUGCUGCCAGUGUGUUUGAGAUCGAGCGUGAAGCCUUUAUCUCCGUCUCGGGGGACUGCCCCCUGCGUCUGCACCAGAUCCAGCACUUCCUGACCUUGUGUCCAGAGCUCUCCCUGGGCUGGUUCCAGGAGGGCCGCCUCGUGGCCUUCAUCAUUGGCUCGCUCUGGGAUGAGGAGAGGCUCACGCAGGAGUCGCUGACGCUGCACAGGCCCGGGGGCCACACGGCCCACCUGCACGUGCUGGCGGUGCACCACACCUUCCGGCGGCAGGGCAAGGGCUCCAUCCUGCUGUGGCGCUACCUGUGCCACCUGGGCAGCCUGCCGACGGUGCGCCGGGCUGUGCUCAUGUGCGAGGACCCCCUGGUGCCCUUCUACGAGAGGUUUGGCUUCCGCCCCGUGGGCCCCUGUGCGGUCACCGUGGACCUGCUGACCUUCACGGAGCUCCAGUGCUCCCUGCAGGGCCAGGCUGCCUCAAGGAGGAACAGCUGCUGAGCUGGCUGCCCAGGGCCCUGCGGGGGACGGGGGAGGCG